AUGCCCGUGGUCUACGCGCCAGGGCGGACAGGUGGGCAGGUGCCCUGCAGUAAAGCCGAGAGCGACGGCCGCCUCGGUCAGCGCUUGCUGAGCUCACACGUCAGAGCUGCUCGCCUGCGAUCUGUUCAGUGCUCCACCUUCGCAAAAUACUUGGCUUCUUUUAACGAUGACAGGCCUGACACGGACGUGUUGCUGCCACGGAGCCACGGACAGGCAUUCCCUUUCAGUUCGUUCCCCAGAGUGCAGUCCCUCCCGUCAGACCCCACAGAGAGGAGCAAAGACCUCCCCCCUCCCUGUUCUCUCCGCACCCCAGGGGACGCGGAGCAGGAUGUGAUGCUGACCACGAAGGCCCCCAAGGCCACGGUGGGGGGCCUGAGCCCCUCCAAGGGCUACACCGCGCAGAUCUUCCGGCUUACUGGCUCAGGGACCACCCUGCUGGCUCAGAGGGAGUUUGUGAUAGAGGAGCUGAAGAGGCCCCUGGGGGCAGCCCCGGAGCCCACGCCCUCCCACGUGGGGAGCCCAGCCCCGGAGCCCCCAGUCGCCUCGUCCCCGAGCCAAGACCCGCCCACUCUUGGCGGCUCCAGGUGGGAUGAGGGACUGCUCGGUGAGGAGCGGCACCCGCCCAGGGGCCCCGGGGGCAAGGCCCCUUCUCAGCCCACCAAAGACCUGGAGAGGCAGAGCCACCCCAGGGCCCCCGAGGGAAAGACCGAGAAGCCAGCCAGCCCCCAGUUCCGCUGCACACCCCCUACGCCUGUGGACAUGAUCUUCCUGGUGGACGGGUCCUGGAGUAUCGGCCACAGCCACUUCCAGCAGGUCAAAGAUUUCCUGGCCAGCGUCAUCGAGCCCUUUGACAUCGGGCCAGAUAAAGUCCAAGUCGGCCUGACUCAGUACAGUGGAGACCCCCAGACUGAGUGGGAUCUCAGCACCUUCGGCGCCAAGGAGGACGUGCUGGCCGCUGUCCGCAGCCUCCGCUACAAAGGGGGAAACACGUUCACAGGCCUGGCCCUGUCACACGUGCUGGAGCAGAACCUGCGGCCGGGGGCGGGGCCCCGUCCAGAGGCGGCCACGGUGGUGAUUCUGGUGACGGACGGCAAGUCCCAAGAUGAUGCCCGUGCCGCUGGCCGUGCCCUCAAGGACCUGGGUGUUGACAUCUUUGCUGUGGGCGUGAAGAACGCGGACGAGGCCGAGUUACAGCUCCUGGCGUCCCGGCCGCUGGACAUCACCGUCCACAACGUGCAGGACUUUCCCCAGCUGGGCACCUUGGCCGGCUUGCUCAGCCGCCUCAUCUGCCAGAAAGUCCAGGGCAGGAGCAGGGCCCCGGUUGCAUCGACAGCGGGCAGCCCCUCCUCCCCGGACACCCUCUUCGCUCCCACCGACCUGGUCGUGACCCAGGUGACCUCCUCCAGCGUCCACCUGUCCUGGACUCCAGCCCCCCAGCUGCCCCUCAAGUAUCGGAUCGUGUGGCAGCCUUCCAGGGGUGGCACCCCCAGGGAGGUUGUGGUGGAGGGGCCCGCCUCGUCCAUGGAGCUUCACAACCUGACGGCCGGCACGCAGUACUUGGUGUCUGUGCUCCCUGUCCUCCGGGCUGGGUUCGGAGAGGGCCUGAGGCGCCUCGUGACCACAGCGCCCCUGCCUCCGCCCCAGGCGCUGGCCCUGGCCGCAGUGACACCCAGGACCAUCCGCCUCACCUGGCAGCCGUCGGCCGGGGCCACACGGUACCUGGUGCGGUGCCUGUCGGCCUCCGCCAAGGGCCAAGAGGAGGGGAGAGAGGUGCGGGUGGGGCAGCCCGAGGUGCUGCUGGACGGCCUGGAGCCCGGCAGGGACUAUGAUGUCUGGGUACAGAGCCUGCGAGGGGCCGAGGCCAGCGAGGCUCGGGGCAUCCGCGCCAGGACCUCCACCCUCGCGCCCCCCGGACACCUCAGCUUCUCGGACGUGAGUCACGACUCAGCCCGUGUUUCCUGGGAGGGCGUCUCGAAGCCCGUGCGUCUGUUCAGGAUCAGCUUUGCCUCCAGUGACGGCAGCCAUUCAGGGGAGGUGGAGGCUCCCGGCAACGCCACCUCGGCCACCGUGGGCCCUCUGUCCUCCUCCACUGCGUAUUCCGUCCGCGUCACCUGCCUCUACCCCGGGGGCAGUUCCUCCGUGCUGACCGGCCGCCUGACUACGCGGAAAGUCCCCAGCCCGAGCCAGCUCUCGGUGACAGAGCUCCCUGGGGACGAGGUUCGACUGGAGUGGACGGCCGCAGCGGCUUCCGGCGUCCUUGUGUACCAGAUCAAGUGGACGCCCCUGGGAGACGGGAAGGCCCACGAGAUCUCUGUCCCAGGGCACCGGGACGUGGCAGUCCUGCCUGGCCUACGAAGCCACUUGGAGUAUGAGAUCACCAUCCUGGCCUACUACAGGGAUGGGGCCCGCAGCGACCCGGUGUCCCUCCGCUACACCCCCCCGCACCGGAGCCCGCCCUCUGACCUGGCCCUGGCGUCCAAGUCACCCGACAGCCUGCAAGUCAGCUGGACACCUCCGAGCGGCCACGUCCUCCACUACCGGCUCACCUACCUGCCAGCCUCGGGCUCGGGGCCCGAGAAGUCGAUCUCUGUUCCAGGACUCAGCAAUCACGUGACGCUCCCCAACCUGCUGGCGGCCAGCAAGUACAGGGUCCUGGUCUCCGCGGUCUAUGGAGCGGGGGAGAGCAGGACUGUGUCUGCCGUAGGCCACACGGCAGCCUGCCCCGCCCUCAGCCCAGAUGGCUCCCUCUCAGGCUUUGACCUCAUGGCGGCCUUUGGUCUGGUGGAAAAGGAGUAUGCGUCCAUCCGCGGCGUCGCCAUGGAGGCCUCGGCAUUCGGCCGCGCCAGGACCUUCACACUCUUCAAGGAUGCCCAGCUGAUGCGCCGGGCCAGCCCUCAGCAUGCCCUGGGAGCCCCAGCACUGGCACAGAACCCCUCUGAGCACUCCCCUCCCAACAAGCUCAGUGACGUCCACCUGGCCGCCCUCCCACCGGAACACACGGUUGUCUUCCUCCUGCGUCUGCUGCCCGAGACACCCCGCGAGACCUUUGCGCUGUGGCAGAUGACGGCCGAGCACUCCCAGCCCGUCCUGGGGGUCUUGCUGGACGCCGGCAGGAAGUCUCUGACCUACUUCAACCACGACCCCAGGGCCACCUUGCAAGAGGUCACCUUUGACCUGCCCGAAGUGAGGAGGAUAUUCUUUGGAAGCUUCCACAAGGUGCAUGUGGCUGUGGGCCGCUCCAAGGUCAGGCUCUAUGUGGACUGCCGGAAGGUGGCUGAGAGGCCCAUGGGGGAGGCAGGCAGCCCACCUGUUACUGGCUUCGUCAUGCUGGGACGGUUGGCCAAGGCCCGCGGGCCCCGGAGCAGUUCAGCCACGUUCCAGCUCCAGACGCUGCAGAUCGUGUGCAAUGACUCCUGGGCGGAGGAAGACAUGUGCUGUGAGCUCCCUGCGUCGAAGGAUGGAGAGACCUGCCCUGCCUUCUCUUCCUCUUGUGCCUGUUCCUCGCAGACCCCGGGGCCCCCGGGGCCCCAGGGACCUCCGGGCCUCCCCGGAAGGAACGGAGUCCCAGGAGAACAGGGCUUCCCAGGCCCCAGGGGAGAGCCCGGGCCACCUGGACAGACGGGACCUGAGGGUCCUGGGGGUCAGCAGGGGUCGCCAGGGACCCAGGGCCGAACCGUGCAGGGGCCUGUGGGUCCGCCAGGGGUCAAAGGAGAGAAGGGGGACCACGGAGCCCCGGGCUUGCAGGGCCAUCCUGGUCACCAGGGCCCUCCCGGGAAGGUCGGCCUCCAGGGACCUAAGGGAAUGAGGGGUCUGGAGGGGAGUGCUGGCCUGCCUGGACCUCCGGGCCCGAGGGGCUUCCAGGGCACGGCGGGGGCCAGGGGCUCCGGAGGGCAGAGAGGACUCCCGGGGCCUGUGGGGCUCACGGGGCUGCCGGGGCCCAAAGGGGAGCGAGGAGAGAAGGGGGAGCCGCAGUCCCUGGCCACCAUCUACCAGCUCCUGAACCAGGCCUGCGAGUCUGCCAUCCAGACUCACGUGCUGAAGUUCCACCAUGAGAGCGCCAGGCCCCCCAGGCCCAUCUUGCAGGCCCUCGGACACCCCAGCUCUCACGGUGAGGCCUGGCUCCCUGGAAGAGGAGGACGAGACGGCCCCCACCCUGAGGACGGAGGUGAGCCCGGCGCCCUUGGUCAGAGGAGCAGCCCUCGGCUGAAAGGGAGUGAGCCUCCCGGACCCCUGGGGGGAACGGGACGGCCCCCGUGCUGCCCGGAGUGACCCUGCCCUUCCCUGGACCCUGCAGGAGGAGCCUGGAAAGCGAGUCCCGGGAGGGGCCUGGAGGCAGAAGGUGGGGGUGGGGGGCCUUCCCUCUGUACUGUUUCCACACUCAGAUAAAGUGCA